CGUUUCCCCCAAAUCCCAGACCCUAAUCCCCAGAAUGCGCCGGUCCCUCCUCAAACCCCUCCUCCUCUCCCUCCCCCUCUCUCUCCUCGCCUUCUACCUCUUCUCCUCCUUCUCAGUUCCUAACCCUAGCCCUAACCCUAACCAUAAGAUCCCUCUCCAUCUCUCAACGACGAGCACCAGAUUUCAAGCCCCCAAGAUUUACCUCUACGAUCUGCCACGUAAGUUUACCUACGGCGCGAUCCAGAGUUACGCGGCGGCGAGAGGAGCGAAGGAGAGCGACCCGUUGAAGUAUCCCGGCCAUCAGCACUCCGCUGAGUGGUUCUUGUUUGAGGACCUGAACAGGGUUGAGCGGGCCGGGUCGCCGCUGCAGCGGGUUCUUGAUCCGGAGGAGGCUGAUUUGUUCUACGUGCCGUUCUUCUCGUCGCUGAGCUUGGUGGUGAAUCCGAUUCGGCCUGCGGAGGGGACGAAGGGGCCGGUGUAUAGUGACGAAGGAAUGCAGGAGGAUUUGAUAAAAUGGUUAGAGGGGACCAAAUACUGGAAGAGGAAUAAUGGGAGGGAUCAUGUGAUAAUAGCUCAGGAUCCCAAUGCUUUGUUUAAGGUAAUUGAUAAAGUGAGGAAUGGGAUUCUGUUGGUGUCAGACUUCGGAAGGUUGAAGGGCGAUCAGGCAUCAUUGGUCAAGGAUAUAAUCUUGCCUUAUUCACAUCGCAUUAAUUCAUAUAACGGAGAGAUUGGGGUUGGGAAUAGGAAAUCAUUGCUCUUCUUUAUGGGCAAUCGAUACCGGAAAGAGGGAGGGAAGAUCCGUGAUACUCUUUUCCAAAUACUUGAGCAUGAGAAUGAUGUUAUUAUUAAACACGGAGCACAAUCCAGGGUAAGCAGGCGCAUGGCAUCGCAGGGCAUGCAUUCAUCCAAGUUUUGCCUACAUCCUGCUGGAGAUACACCCUCAGCUUGCAGGUUGUUUGAUGCAAUAGUUAGUUUAUGUGUUCCAGUGAUAGUCAGUGACUACAUUGAGUUGCCAUUUGAAGACAUCAUAGACUAUAAGAAAAUUGCAGUAUUUGUGGACACGGAUACUGCUGUGAAGACUGGGUACUUAGCUUCAUAUCUGAGAGGAAUAAGUGAAGAAGCAAUUCUGCAGUAUCAGAAAGAGCUUAAACUGGUGAAAAGAUAUUUUGAAUACGACGAUCCAAAUGGGACAGUGAAUGAGAUAUGGCGCCAAGUUUCUCAAAAAGUUCCCCUUAUAAAACUAAUGAUCAACCGUGAGAAACGACUUGUUAGGAGGAGGUUGAACGAUCCCGACUGUUCUUGUAUCUGUACAGGACAAAAUGGAACUAAUACUAGGCUGUGAUGGGAUAACACAGGAUUGAAUAUUAAAAUUUUCUGGGAUUGGCUUGAAAACUUUGAUUCAAUGAGAAUCAUCAUGCUGCUGGAAGCUGAAUGGUUCAGAUUGCUGCUUCGAUUACCAGAGAUCAGAUUUCUGUUGCGUUCAGGGUUUAUUCUUUUCUUCGUAGGCCUGAGUAUGGCCUGCAGGCAGUUUUGAUUCACCCCUUAGAUCUCCAGUAGAGCAAUAGAAGACUUGUUGAUAUGAAGAAACGUAGAAAACAUAUAUCGCCUUGUAAUAAAAUUAGCUUUUUGAGGUUUUUACAGAAGAAAUUUUUGUGUGCUAUUUCCUAACAGAAUUGAUUCUUUGACUUACACAUGAAAUAAACUUGGGAUUUUGAUUUCCCCUUCUUUC